CCGGCGGCUCCUGGCCAUUCGGCCCGGCCGGGGGCCCGCCGCUGAUUGGCUGCGCCGCCGGGCGGAAGUGAUGCUGCUGUCACCGGCUUCUCGGGCUCCCGCGGAGCCGCGAGUUUCCGCAGGGGGCGGCGGCGGCGGCGGCUGCCGGGCCGGUCUGCGGUCUAUGCUGAGAGUCACCGCUACUCACAGCGGAAGAAAUGCCUUUUCUCCAUUUGCACAAAAUGAGCGUGAGGUGGUUAACCGGAUCAGGAGCUCAGCCUCACUCUGAGUCCAGCGUACUGCUCUGAUGCCGAAAGGGAGGCAGAGAGGGCCACACUCGGAUGCCCCCCUGGGCCUGCCCGCGGGCCUCUGGCUGGAGUUAGCUGGGCUCUUCCUACUGCUUCCCUGGGUUAUGGGCCUGGUGGGGGCAGGUGGGCUCAGGGCCCAGGGCCCAGGGGGGCUAAGCUGGGCAGUGUGUCUGGACGGUCCGGAAGGCAAGGGGGCAGAGGAGUCGUUGGAGCGGCGGGCAGAGGCUCUGGCCCAGGCGACGGGGCUGAUGAACGCGGGGCGCAUCGGGGAGCUCCAGGGGCACUACCUCUUGGUCCAGCCAGCGGGGCGUCGCCAGGCCCGGCAGGCCGAGGCCGUCCGGCAGCGGGUAGAAGCCGUGCUGGCCGGGCACGAGGCUGUGCGCUGGCACGCAGAGCAGAGACUGCUCAAGCGGACCAAGCGCGGCGUCCACUUCAACGACCCCAAGUACCCGCAGCAGUGGCACCUGAAUAACCGGCGGAGCCCCGGCAGGGACAUCAAUGUGACGGGUGUCUGGGAGCGCAACGUCACCGGGCGCGGGGUGACCGUGGUGGUCGUGGACGACGGCGUGGAGCACACCAUCCAGGACAUCGCACCCAACUACAGCCCUGAGGGCAGCUAUGACCUCAACUCUAAUGACCCUGACCCCAUGCCCCACCCGGACGUGGAGAAUGGCAAUCACCAUGGCACGCGCUGCGCGGGCGAGAUUGCCGCUGUGCCCAACAACAGCUUCUGUGCCGUGGGAGUGGCGUUCGGGAGCCGCAUAGCAGGUAUCCGGGUGCUGGAUGGACCCCUGACCGACAGCAUGGAGGCCGUGGCGUUCAACAAGCACUAUCAGAUCAACGACAUCUACAGCUGCAGCUGGGGACCAGACGAUGACGGGAAGACGGUGGACGGCCCCCACCAGCUGGGGAAGGCUGCCUUGCAGCAUGGGGUGAUCGCUGGCCGCCAGGGCUUUGGGAGCAUCUUUGUGGUGGCCAGUGGCAAUGGGGGCCAGCACAACGACAACUGCAACUACGAUGGCUACGCCAACUCCAUCUACACCGUCACCAUAGGCGCUGUGGACGAGGAGGGCCGAAUGCCUUUCUAUGCCGAGGAGUGUGCCUCCAUGCUGGCAGUCACCUUCAGCGGAGGGGACAAGAUGCUCCGGAGCAUCGUGACCACUGACUGGGACCUUCAGAAGGGCACCGGCUGCACAGAGGGCCACACGGGGACCUCGGCUGCCGCGCCCCUGGCGGCUGGCAUGAUAGCCCUGAUGCUGCAGGUGCGGCCCUGCCUCACGUGGCGUGACGUCCAGCACAUCAUCGUCUUCACGGCCACCCGGUACGAGGACCACCGCGCGGACUGGAUCACCAAUGAGGCCGGCUUCAGCCACAGCCACCAGCACGGAUUCGGCCUGCUCAAUGCUUGGAGACUCGUGAACGCCGCCAAGGUCUGGACAUCUGUCCCUUACUUAGCUUCCUACGUCAGCCCUGUGUUGAAAGAGAACAAGGCGAUCCCGCUGUCCGCCCGCCCCCUGGAGGUGCUGUGGAAUGUCAGCAGGACGGACCUGGACAUGUCGGGGCUGAAGACCCUGGAGCACGUGGCCGUGACAGUCUCCAUCACCCACCCACGACGCGGCAGCUUGGAACUGAAGCUCUUUUGCCCCAGUGGCAUGAUGUCCCUUAUCGGCGCCCCCCGCAGCUUGGACUCGGAUCCCAACGGCUUCAAUGACUGGACCUUCUCCACCGUGCGGUGCUGGGGGGAGAGGGCGAAAGGGACCUACAGACUCGUCAUCAGGGAUGUAGGAGACGAAAUGCCCCAGGCCGGCGUCCUCCUACAAUGGCAGCUCAUCCUGUAUGGCUCUGUAUGGAGUCCAGUAGACAUCAGAGACAGACAGAGGCUACUAGAAAGUGCCAUGAGUGGAAAAUACCUGCAUGACGGCUUCACGCUGCCCUGCCCGCCUGGGCUGAACAUCCCCGAGGAAGACGGUUACACCAUCACCCCCAACACUCUCAAGACCCUGGUGCUGAUUGGCUGCUUCACAGUCUUCUGGACCAUUUACUACAUGCUGGAAGUAUACUUGAGCCAGAGGAACGUGGCCUUUCGCCCAAUUUGUCGGAGUGGACCGUGCCACUGGCCCCAGCGAAGCCAGAAAGCCAAGGAGGAGGGGACAGAACUAGAAUCAGUCCCCCUUUGCAGCAGCCAGGACCCAGGCAGAGCGGGGCUGGAGAGCGAGGGCGCUCCCGCCACCUCAGGGCUCCACGCCCCCGACCUGCUGGAUCCGGGGGACUGGAGCCUGUCCCAGAGCAGGGGUGCCCUGGGUGUCCCUCAGCUCCUGCCCCCAGACCUGCUGCAGGGGAAGGAGGCGCAGAUGUGCUGACCCGGGGCCUCACAGCCACCGUGGGACGGGCUCUCACUUCCUACGCCUGGAGGAGUGCGGAAAGCUGCUUCCUAGUUCUGGGAGCUCGGGGCAGAAAGCAGUCCAGGUGCUUCCAGCUGGGACCAGAGGCCUGAAGACGCCUUCUGGCUAAAGACCACGCUCAGGGAGGGCACGGGCCUACAAAAGGUCCAGUCAGCAGAGCAGCGAUGCCAGAGAACAGGCUGGCAACAGCCAUGGAGCCUUCCUCCAACGGAGUAGGCGCUUUUGGUGAGAAGGUCUCAGAUGACGAACUAGGGCUUCCACUGGGCUGGCCUCCAUCCUUGCUUCUCCAGGGCAGGCCAGCGGCGUGGGCCACCCAGACCCUCAGCACGCAUGGCCAGAAGAGCAUCUCAGCAGAAAUGUCACUGGGGUCCCUUGGGAAGAGGGCUUAGGGAUGGAAGCUGGAAAGAGCCCCUGGAUAUGCCUGUCCUUUUAACGACCCCGGGGCCAGAAACAGCAGCCCUUCCCUUUCUGCCCCUCACCAUCCAGCCUCAGCCUUGGACUUGGCCAUGUUGGUUUGGCAGUCAGCCCCCAACACAGCACACGUGCCCUGAAAGCAGCUGCCUGCAUCAGCCCUGAUCAGCAGAAGCCACCUUGAGCACGCCCCUGACCCCUUCAUCCUAAAGGACCGGUACAAUGCGCCUGGCGGGGCUGUGGGUGGGCACGGCCCCCAGGCCCAGGCUGCUCCACCGAGGCGUCUCCAGCAGGACUGCCGCCACCCCGUCUUCCUCUGCAAAGUACUCAGGGAAACGGCCGUGCCCACCCAAGGCCGGCCAGCUGCCUGGCGGGCUGCAACUUCCUCCCACUCUUGGCCUCCUCCCCUCUUCUGAGCGAGUUGGUUGAUUGGAACUUUGUUUUUUUUAAUGCUUACGAUUUGGUUUUCUCUUUCCACAGCAACAUUUUGUUGAAUUUUUUCUGCACAGCUUUUCCAAAAUAAAAACCUUCCACACAGCGUCA